AUGUUUGGCGCAUUCAGACCCACGAACUCACUGGGUGGAGGUCUACUAUGGAAAAUCCCAUGGCGACUUUCGAAAUUCCAAAAAGCACGACAACGGAAACGUCUGCGCGCUGUUGAUGUUCUGGUGGCGACGGUGGAUAAGGCAUUGCAGAGGAAUGGGGGCAUGACUACGAGAGCGGUGGAGAGAUGGAAGGAGGAGAUGCCGAUUGAACAGGUUAUGGUGCCGAAGGAUAAAUAUACGAUUUUUGAUAGGAAGGAGAAGGGGUAUAGGAAGAGUAUCAGAAAGCUGCCAAAAUGGACGAGAGUUUCGCAGAGACUCAACCCGCCUGGAUACUAG